AUCUUUGGACUUGGGGCUGUUAUAAUGUGUAUAGUUUGGCUGGGGUACUACCAUGGUGGGUAUGAUUGGAACAAUCCGACGUUGGUUUUCAACUACCAUCCGGUUUUCUUGGUUCUUGGGAUGAUUUUCUGCUUCGGUAACGCUAUGCUGAUUUAUCGUGUCUUCUAUAUGUGUCCGAAGCUACCCCUCAAGGCAAUCCAUGGAGUUCUGAUGAUUUUGAGCCUUCUCUUCUCAGUUGUUGGCUUGAAAGCAGCUUUUGACUCCCACAGUAUUCGCGGAAUUCCUGAUAUGUACAGCAUUCAUAGCUGGGUCGGUUUGGUUACUGUUAUACUCUUCGCCAUUCAGUGGGUGAUCGGUUUAAUUACCUUCCUCGUACCGUCCAUUCCAAUGAGGGUUCGGGCGAAAGUUCUUCCACUUCACGUCUAUAUGGGUCUUUUCCUCUUCGCUUGUGCUCUCGUUGCCGUGGUAUCUGGAGUCACUGAGAGCAACUUGUUCUCUAGUCUACCGUAA